AUCGCGUCCCCAUCGUGUCCCCAUCCUUCCAUCCCUGUGAUGUCCCCAUCCUCCUGCCCCAUUGCAUCCCCAUCAUGUCCCCAUCGUGUCCCCAUCUUCUGUCCCUGUCCUUCCAUCUCAGUGGUGUCCCCAUCCUCAUGUCCCCAUUAUGUCUCCAGCCCCACUGUGUCCCCAUCUUCUGUCGCUGUCCUUUCAUCCAUGUCAUGUCCCCAUCUUCCUGCCCCAUUACAUCCCCGUCCCCAUUGCGUCCCCAUCCCCAUCAUGUCCCCAUUGUGUCCCCAUCAUGUCUCCAUCCCCAUCUUCUGUCCCCGUCCUUCCAUCCCUGUGAUGUCCCCAUCUUCCUGCCCCAUGGCAUCCACAUCCCCUUCAUGUCCCCAUCAUGUCCCCGUCCCCAUCGUGUCCCCGUCUUCUGUCCCUGUCUUUCCAUCCAUGUGGUGUCCCCAUCUUGCUGCCCCACAGCAUCCCCGUCCCCAUCGUCCCCACUGUGUCCCCAUCUUCUGUCCCUGUCCUUCCAUUCCUGUGGUGUCCCCAUCUUCCUGCCCCAUUGCAUCCCCGUCCCCAUUGCGUCCCCAUCCCCAUCAUGUCCCCAUCGUGUCCCCAUCAUGUCUCCAUCCCCAUCUUCUGUCCCCAUCCUUCCAUCCCUGUGGUGUCCCCAUCUUCCUGCCCCAUUGCAUCCCCAUCAUGUCCCCAUCGUAUUCCCAUCUUCUGUCCCUGUCCUUCCAUCCCUGUAGUGUCCCCAUCUUCCUGCCCCACUGCGUCCCCGUCCCCAUCAUGUCCCCAUCGUGUCCCCAUCUCCAUUGUGUCCCCAUCUUCUGUCCCCGUCCUUCCAUCCCUGUGAUGUCCUCAUCUUCCUGCCCCAUGGCAUCCACAUCCCCUUCAUGUCCCCAUCAUGUCCCCGUCCCCAUCGUGUCCCCGUCUUCUGUCCCUGUCUUUCCAUCCAUGUGGUGUCCCCAUCUUGCUGCCCCACAGCAUCCCCGUCCCCAUCGUGUCCCCAUCGUGUCCCCAUCGUGUCCCCAUCGUGUCCCCAUCGUGUCCCCAUCGUGUCCCCAUCGUGUCCCCAUCGUGUCCCCAUCGUCUCUCCCCAUCCUUCCAUCCCUGUGAUGUCCCCAUCCUCCUGCCCCAUUGCAUCCCCAUCAUGUCCCCAUCGUGUCCCCAUCUUCUGUCCCUGUUCUCCCAUCUCAGUGGUGUCCCCAUCCUCAUGUCCCCAUCAUGUCUCCAGCCCCACUGUGUCCCCAUCUUCUGUCCCUGUCCUUCCAUCCCUGUGGUGUCCCCAUCUUCCUGCCCCAUUGCAUCCCCGUCCCCAUUGCGUCCCCAUCCCCAUCAUGUCCCCAUCAUGUCUCCAUCCCCAUCUUCUGUCCCUUUCCUUCCAUCCCUGUAGUGUCCCCAUCCUCCUGCCCCAUUGCAUCCCCAUCCCCAUCAUGUCCCCAUCCCCAUCAUGUGUCCCCGUCUUCUGUCCCUUUCCUUCCAUCCAUGUGGUGU